GAAUGGUGGAAAACCAAACUGAAGAAACACCCAACAAUACCCUAAUUUCAAAUAAUCAAAUUUCUGCAAAAUCAAGAAUUCCCACUUCCAUUUUCAAGCACCCAUCUUUUUUUUUUUCUGGAGAAAAAAAGAUAGCCUGAAAAAGGGCUUUUUUUUUGGUGAAGGAGGGUAAAAAUGGCAGCAGCAUAUGCAGGAACAUCAUCUUCAAUGGCCACUGCAACAACUGGGUUGUUGCCACGUGUCCAAGCUAACCAAUCAUCGCGCUUUUUAGCGUUGCCUUAUCUCCCUCCUCGUACCUCUACUUCAUCUUUGAGGAUUCUAUCCAACAAUUUAUCUGAGUCAAGGAGGUUUUCUUCACUUCAGGUCAAGGCUACCUCAACAGACGAGGCCUCCUCAGUUGAUACCGGUGAAUUAAUUAGUGACCUGAAAGAGAAAUGGGAUAAAGUUGAAAAUAAAUCCACAGUACUUCUAUAUGGUGGUGGGGCAGUAGUUGCAAUUUGGCUAUCCUCUAUUAUUGUUGGUGCUAUUAAUUCAGUCCCUCUGCUUCCAAAGAUCAUGGAGUUGGUUGGGCUUGGAUACACUGGAUGGUUUGUUUACCGAUACCUUCUUUUCAAGACUAGCAGAAAAGAACUAGCAGAAGACAUCGAAUCGUUGAAGAAGAAAAUUGCUGGAACUGAGUGAAAUCUGACCCAGCUACACCUGACAAGCAAAUCUCAAGUGAGAGGAAUUGGUUCCUCCUAUCCAUGUUGUAUAAUAGGCCAUAGAGCUACUAUGUACUCCAAUUGCUUCUGUAUCCAGUUAUAGUAUUGGAAUGUUGAUAUGAAAUCUACUAGUAGUAUUUUUAUUGUA